AUGCCACCGAAGAAGGACUCGGGCGCGAGUAAGAAGACUGAGAUCAAGAAGAAGGAGAAGAUAAUCGAGGACAAGACGUUUGGUCUGAAGAAUAAAAAGGGAACAAAACAGCAGAAGUUUAUACAACAGGUGGCGAAUCAAGUCAAACAGCAGGGUCUGCCCAAAAAGGGCGAAAUAGCGCCGAACACAGCGGUCGUCAAGAAGGAGGAGAAGAAGAAGCAGUUGGAAGAGUUGAACGCUUUGUUCCGUCCGGUGACGGCCGCACAGAAGGUGGACAAAGGGGUGGACCCGAAGUCGGUGUUGUGCGCCUUCUUCAAGUCGGGUCAGUGCGGGAAAGGAGACAAAUGUAAGUUCAGUCACGACGUGACCGUUGAGCGCAAGUCCGAGAAGAAGAACGUCUACGUCGACGCCCGACAGGAGGACACUAUGGAUGACUGGGACGACGAGAAGCUCAAAGAAGUGGUCGAGAAGAAGGAGAACGAGAGGAAGGGGUUGCCCACCACUGACAUCAUCUGCAAGCACUUCAUCGACGCUCUGGAGACGAGUAAAUACGGCUGGUUUUGGGAGUGCCCUAACGGUGGAAACCAAUGCCAUUACAAACACUGUCUUCCGCCGGGAUUUGUCUUAAAUAAGGACCGGAAGAGAGCGGAGAAGAAGGACGACAUCAGUAUCGAGGAGUUGGUUGAGAUCGAAAGGGCGAAACUGGGCUAUAAUUUAACGAAAAUAACUUUAGAAACGUUUCUCGAAUGGAAGAAAAAGAAGUUAACGGAGAGGGCGGACAGGGAUCUGAAGGAGAACGAGAGGAAGAAAGCGGAAUUCAAAGCCGGAAAGAAUGUGGGCCUCAGCGGACGAGAAAUGUUUACAUUUAAUCCCGAUUUGGCGCUCGACGAGGACAUGGAGGACGGAGAGGCCGCUUAUGUGCACAUUAGGGACAGUGAUGACGAGCAGGACGAGGAACUGGUGGUCAGAGAAAUCAAUUUAGACGCUCUUAUAUCGGAAGCGAAGGCAUCGGACGGCACGGGAACGCAAAUUGUCAAAAGAGAGUUUGAAGUGCCCGUCGAGACUACCGAAGCAAUCGCCGCGACAGGUGGUGAAGACGAGACGAUAGAAAGCCCGCCAAUCGAUGAAACACUUUUCGCCGACGACGACGACUUAGAUUUGGAUGAUUUGAACGAUGAAUUAAAUUCAGUUUCUUUAGAAAAGUGA